AUGCACCGAGGCAGGAGUUCCAGGCCCGCGCUCCAUGCCGGAGCUAUUCUGGGAGUGGUUGUAGGAACGCAGCUGCUGCAGUCCCUGUGGUCCAUACAGUCUUGGGUCCCCCAUGCGCGUCCAGCGAGAUCACCACCCAGACCAUCCAGACCGCUGCAUGCGCUGAGCAAAGAGUCGAAGGCGAGCAGGGCCAUUGAUAGGGAGGAGGCCUGGCUUUCAUUUAGCAACAGUGUCGACAUUCAGGGCGCUUCUGCCUCGGAAGCUUACGAGAUCUACGCGCACCUGCCGAAUCAUCCUGAGUGGUCAUCUCUGCUCUCCGAAGUGGAGGUGGAGGACAAUAGUCUGUCAAGCACUUGGUCCUUACAAGCCCUCGGCUUCAGUUUCUCCUGGACGGCCGACAUCACAAGGCAAAUCCCUUCGAAGCUCAUUGGCUGGGAGAGCACGAGCGGCAUGAAGAACGCCGGCGUCGCGAAGUUCCAGGACCUGCCUAGGUUCAGUGGAGGCCCUGCUUGUCGCGUGACGGUGGAGAUGAGCCUCAAGACCCCUUCCCUCCUUCGACGGGUCUUCCAAUCCCGACGCUUGAACGCCAUGGCAGAGAGCGCCAUUGGGAAGGACCUGGCUACCUUCAGAGAAGUGGUGCUUGCCCGGAAGGCGGCCUCCCACGCUUGUGCUGUGCUAGAGAGGCCGACAGUGAAUUCGACGUAUAAGGACCACCUGGGCAGGUGUGAGCUUCUGGUUUGGCAAGAUGGGCGUCUGGAAGUGGAGCUACACGGCCUGGGCACCUCCGACAACACUAGGAAGCUCCUGGAGGAAAUGAGCAUGGCCAUCAAGGAAUUCGGGGACUCGGUACACUGUACUGCGCUCAUCGACAUGACGCGGGGAGUCGGAUGCUCACCGCUGGCUGUCCCCAGCAUCGUGAGCUUCUGCCAAAAGGAUGGUGGGCGAGUAUUUCACACCGCUAUCCUGGGACCGAGACCCCUCAUGGCUCUGGCGCAGAUGAUCGCCCGCGUGGCCAAGCAGAGUGGUGUGGCCUUCUUCUUUGACCGCCAGGCACAAGCAAUGGCCCGACAGCUGAAAGUAGCCUAUGACUGGUACUUGGAGAUUCGUUCGAACAUUGCAGAUCCGAUAUCAUCUGUCCAGUUUUCAGUUUUCUUGAUACCGGAGGCGGACGAUUUGGUGUUCAAUCGGGUUGCAUUUAUGAGGGCGGCUGCCUCGUUUGGCACCGGACAGGGGCUCGGCAUGAUCUGUGUUGUCGAGAGUGACCGCGCUUGCAUGUGCCGUGACACUAUCAUUGGCGGUAGCUGCCCGGUCUUUCGCAGCUCACCCGACCAAUUUGACGAUGGAAGGGCCUCCAGGGCCUCGUGUGUGGUGCUCCUGCGGCAUGGGGAGCGUGAGGAUUACAUGGCCGAGAAGGCCGGCAGAGGUGCAGAGUGGAUCGCUGCCGCGGCCCGGCCCUGGGAUCCGCCGCUAGCAGCCAAUGGCCGGCAGCAGGCAGAAGCGGCAGCUGCACGUCUCCGGAAGGUACUUGAGUCGGCAGGGCUGCCGAUGCCAACUCAGAUCUUCUGCUCGCCGCUGGUACGUUGCGUCGAGACCGCUGACUUUGUUGCGAAAGAGUUCGGCGUGAACUCCCUGUAUGUUGAGAAUGGCUUGGCCGAGUCUGUCUAUGAGGCCUGGAUGAGGCAGUGGGCGGUGCCGGGCGCCAACUCCAAGUGGGGCGGGCCACCAGGCUGCGCCAUACCUCAGGAGCGUCAGGGAUUGGACCCUCGAAGGCUGCGUGGGCCAGAGGUCCCUCACGCCCAGCUGCGCCCAGAAGCCUCAGCAGGCACCGCCGCCUUGCUGUCCACGCCAGCCGAGCUGAAAGAGGCCGGCUGGACGCGCGUCGACGCCAAGUACGAGAGCUGCGUUGCCUUGCACGACAGGGGCUACUGUUGGGACAAGUUUGAGAUCCAAGAAGAGAUUAUCGACCGCCUCCUCUACGUGGCCCGCCUGCGAGCCAUGGAACAUCCUGGAGAGACGGUGGUCUUGGUCUCGCAUGGCGGGCCGACGCAGUAUGCCCUGAGGGCCCUCUCUGGUCAGAAGCCCAAAGGUGAGGGUGGCAUGACGGCGCUGUCCGUCCUCCGCACGUUUCCGAGCGACAUCGAGCAUGGAAUGCCAUGGGAAGUGUUGCUGUCGAACGAUGCGUCGCACGCCCAGGCAUUUGCCUAUGGUGAGGAGACCAAGAUUUGA